AUGAUUGAAUUCAACUAUCAAAAUGGCGAAAUUGUCUCGUCGCCGGCGGUGAUCGUCUCAGGAAGAGUGUCGCAAUUCAUCCAAGCUGGACUUGUUCAAUUUGUUAACAACAGCAAUAAGGUUUUCCCGCCGCAAUUUUUCGAGAUUAACAACGGACAGUUUAAGGCGUUUUUGCAUGUGUCACCCGGUGAGGCCAAUGUGUUUGAAGUGCACGCAUUGAAGGAUGCAUACUUAAAUGAUCAAGGUUUUCCUGAGAAGGCCGGCAACGUCGUCGACAAAGGCUCUCUCACGUUGUACUUCAACCCUCUUCCCGAAAAUAAGCCCGUUCACUUGUGUGUUGUGGUGGGAAAGGACUCGUACGGUGCAUACGACAUGCCCAAGUAUAAAUUGAACAGAGGACAGCAACCAGAUUUUUCGUCAGCAAUUCAGAGGCUUAAGGUUGCCGCCAGAAUGAUGCAGGCGUUCACGCAAGACGAAUUUCAUCGCUUGGGACUCAGUAAUCGCUCGUUCCAAUUUGUAGAGGAAACAGUGAAUCAUCAGGCUAUUUUUGGCUACAAUGUUGACCUGCCAAUACCCCAUCAAGAAGUCAAGGUCCAUGUUUUACAUUCUCCUAAGACGGUAGCCGAAUUGAGGAGCCCUGACUACGCUCAACAGAAUCCCAGGGCCAAAGAUAAUGGUUUCUGUUUCUCACAUGCUAUUGACUUGAUAGAGAAGUCAGACUUGAUAGAGCCAUACAAAAGAACGGGAACGGCUAUUCAGUGUGCUGUGAUGUACUUGGACUCACAUUGGGAUGGCAAGUUGAUCUCAACGCAUGCAGCAUUGGGAGGUGGAACCGGAACGGUGAAAAUGGCUGUGUUUGGCUCACACGGACUCCACUCCUAUCCCUUGACAUUCCCACAGAUCAGUCCAAGUUUUGUAGAUGCCACACAUUUGAGCAUCAAUGAGGUCGCCAAUGACUGCAACCAGUGUGGAACAUCUUGGGAGUGCUUGAAUAUUUGCAUGGGAGCCUUUAUGCAUGAAAUUGGCCAUCUGUUCGGUUCUCCUCACCAAGUUGACGGUGUCAUGCUUCGUGAUUACAUGUGGUGGAACCGGUCGUUCAUGACUAGAGAGACUGAGAGUCUCAGAACCAAUUCGAGUGGUGCAGUCAUCGGAAAUGAUGGACAUUGGCAAAAGGAAUGCCAUUGGAACAUCAUGGAUCUUAUGCGAUACUUAUACCAUGGAUCCUUCAGUAUUCCAGUGGACAAGAGAGAUGAAUCAUUCUCCAAGAGCUUUGUUACAACUAUGGAACCAGACCAAUCGUAUAGGAAUAGGGAUGUUCCAUCGAUGUUCAUUUCUGGACCUGGGGAAGUAGUGGUGAAAAGCACUUCUGGCAUUUUCAUGGUAGAAAUCUGCGGAGACGACUUGGCCCGUUAUCAUAUCGAUUUCUACCCUAGAUCUUAUGGCGGACCUGGUCUCCAACAUGAGAUCACCCUAAAUUUUGAAGAGUUGAUGGGCCACUUCAAAAGAAACUGGAACGGAGCCAAAGACAAUUUCGAUAUGCGUGUCUUAUCUGUUUCAGGGGAUCUCUGGAAGAAAGACUUCAAGAACACUUUUGAAGAUAAGCAUCGCAUUAUCCGCAGCGAUUUUGGUUUGGGAAGAGGUGAUAUCGAUGGUUACAAGAGUGACGUUUUAGGUCGUGAAAAUGGCAGUAUGAAGUUCAUUGGUUUUGAUAUUUCCAGAGUUUACAAGGUCAGAAUUUACCAUGGUCAUGCACUUGAUGGAGCUACGUUUUAUUUCCAUGGAGCUCAAUCAGAGAAAGCGAACAGCAAUGCUCCUCCUGUUCCUCCCAGGAACUACUUGAGCCGUUUCGCAAACAAAUUGCUUGGUAGUCAAGACGUCAUCUCGAGCGGCAACGGAGGUGGCCAGGGUGGAGAAGUGACGAUUGGAAACAUCAAGCCUCACUACACAGAUUUCGUAUUAAAUCCUGGAGAGCGGAUCUCCAAGUUCCUGUUCCAGAAUGGACAGUGGAUCGAUGGUAUGGAAGUUCACACUACUCUGGGAAGAUCAUCCGGUAUGUUGGGUAACAGCGGAGGAGGACACUUAUCGAUCUUGGAGCCCCCUCAAAAAGAUACGAUUGUGGGAUUGUACGGAUAUUGUGGCCUGUGGAUGGACGGUAUUGGCAUGAUCUAUGCCCAAAUAUAA